UGAAGUGAAAGGACUCGUGAUUUAGGAAUUUAAACCUGAACUCAAUCGUUCGAUUGAUCUUUUAUGUGUUUGAUCCGUGUUUGAAUUUCGGUGCCUGUCUGUUCAUGGCGGCUCCGUUCUUUUCAACGCCUUUCCAACCCUUCGUUUAUCAGACGCGGAUUGAAGGUUACAUUGAGAAACAGAGUCAAGACGAUGCUGUUACGCCUUUUCAGAUUUUGGGUGGUGAAGUUCAGAUAGUUCAGAUUAUGUUGAAGCCAGAAGACAAGGUGAGUGCAAAACCAGGCUGCAUGUGCUAUAUGUCUGGCUCCAUUCAAAUGGAAAAUGUUUAUGCCCCAGAGAAUGAAGCAGGAAUGUGGCAAUGGGUUUUUGGAAAGAAUGCAACUAAAACAAUCUUUGUAAACAGUGGGUCAACCGAUGGAUUUGUUGCCAUGGCUGCACCUUCUCUAGGAAGAAUUCUCCCUGUUAGUCAAUCUGUCAAUAUUGACCUGGCAAGAUUCGGUGGUGAGAUAUUAUGCCAGCCAGAUGCAUUUCUUUGCUCCAUUGGUGAUGUGAAAGUCAGUAGCAACACAUUUGAUCAGAGGGGACCUAAUCGUAAUGUUGUUGAGAGAUUGUUGAGACAAAAAGUAUCUGGGCAAGGCCUGGCAUUCAUGGUUGGGGGUGGAUCUGUUGUGCAGAAAAAUCUUGAGGUUGGUGAGAUACUUUCAGUGGACAUUUGUAGCAUUAUUGCCCUGUCAACAACGGUGGAUGUACAAAUCAAAUAUAAUGGUCCAAUGAGAAGGGUGGUGUUUGGGGGGGAGAAUCAGAAUAUGGUGACAGCAAUGAUGAGAGGACCAGGAAUUGUGUUUAUCCAGAGUAUGCCCUUCCCUCGCCUUUCUCAAAGCAUUGCUAGGGGUGUUGCAUCUCCAAACAUGAGGUUGAGGGACAAUCCAAAGUUGUUGAUGCAGAUACUCGUCUUUUCCUUUCUUGCUUAUCUUGUGCUCGGCUCAUUUUUGCUAUAUACAGACUUCUGAAUUAUGAUAUUUGCAACAAAACAAAUACACUGUGUGAGCGAGUUUCAAUGUUAAUGAUAGUUGAAAAGAGAAUUGAAGUUAAAAUUUGGUUUCUUGCUGAUCUGAAAGAUGUUAUUAUAGCGCCAUAAAUAAUGGUUUCAUACAUA